AUGUCGCUUUCCACUUUACUCGUUCGCAGUCACUUUCCUCCCGACACCCUGGUAGCCGAUCUCUAUGACCACCUCGGUUUCGCCAUCUCGUUUGGCGUCGCCAUGAGGAGCUGCAUCUGUCCAGUUCCGUCCUCCAUCACCCAGCCCAUCUCAGCCGCCUUGUUCGGGUCCCCGAGUCACACUCUGAUCAGCAUUGUCGCUACUGAGCUCGUGAGCACUUUGACUCUGAGAGCUUUCGCGUUGCUGCCGCGAAUCCUCGACCCCGCCGAGGCUGCCGAGCUGGCUUUUCACCACGCUCCCGUCACAUCCACUUCCCAAUGCCGCCACCGUCACUGCACUACACCUUGCUUCAGCCUGCUGUCGCACCCCUUCGCCUAA